AUGAUGCUAAAUCGUUCCAGAAGCACUGUCACUCCGCUGGGUCCAACCAACCCUCCUCCUGAUGCCAACCCUCCCAGCCACGAUGUCGGCGAUGACGACCUGAAUGACUUCAACUUCGAGAACAACCAUGAUGACGAUCUCAACCUUCAAAUCACCCAUGCUCUUCAAGAACAAGCAGCGUUAGAGAAUGACGAGCAUCUUUCACAGGCCGCCAGUGUAUCAUCAGGAAAUUUAUUAGGAAAUCAGAUCACCAGCUCAACAACCGCUCCAACUCACUUGACAGGUAAUAGAUUACAAGUUUUCAAUCGUCUUGCUACGCGCACACACCUUGAUGAUGAGAGUCAGAGUCUUGGUCGCUUCAUGUGCAGUUUUGAGUCUCAAGACGAACAGUUCCUAGCCUGCAUGACCACUGUCCUGGCAGUCCAUCAAGAUGUCUCGUCCAUCCGUGAUGAGAUAAUCGAAGCCAUCAGAAGAAACUCAUUCCCUGGGGAAGCUUCCUCCCCUGAACGUGUCACUUGGAAGGGUGAUGGGGCUGAACUCAAACAAUGCAUGCGUUUGUUAGCAACACAAACCAUUCUAAGUGGCAAUCUGCAAGCUUAUACUGCCAGGGUAGACCCAUUGGGAGGGACGGAUCAGCUGCCUUUAGGUUUGUAUGCUAAAGUCAUGACCUCCAUGUUAUCCCAUCCUAGCGAAUGGAAGAAUAGGGUUCUGCCACCUGUACACUCGGGCACAAACGCCAACGUACCAGUCCUUGACACAGUGAUUGUCAAGCUUUACCAGAAAGAACGCGGCCUUAUUGGGGGACGAGUGCGUGUGCGCGAAGAGAUCCUUCAGGAGGUUGAUCAUUUACAAACUUCUCGAUAUGCUUGGCUGAAGCUGACAGUGUUACCUGCGAUCCAGAGGAUGCAAGCCAUCCACUGGGGCUUGAACUUUGCAGAAUAUGAAGGCCGAUCUUUUUGGAAUGUUGUGGACCGGCAACUGGCCUUUUUGCGAUCUCAGACCACGCGGUACCGUUACGCCUUCUUUCUGUUAGUAUUGCAAUUCGACCUCGAACGCAUUGAUGGCACUAAGACAUUUGAGGAGUUGAGGGGGUCCACCAACUUUUCUUUACCUACUGAGGCGCAAAUUCAAACCACUAUGGACGAUUUGAACACGACCUUUGGACAGGUGGUGCAACCUGAUGAGGAGGCUUACACGGUGCUUCCAGAGCCCGCUACCCCCAUUUGA